UUUUUGGUUUUUGUGGUGAACUAAACAAGGCCUAUGUCAUGUAUAGUUCGACUUCAGCCUUGUUUAGAGCAUCUCCAACAACUCCUUAUCCCAACUUGCUAUCCUCUAAAAUUUGUUAAAAGCAUGAAAAACUCCUCUCCAACAACUCCUUAUCCCAACUUGCUAUUUAUCCCAACUUGGCAUCCAUCGGCCUCAACUGCGGAGAAAUACGCGCGCGGCUGGAGCUUUGUAUCGCGAAUUUUGUCACUCGCCGAUCGCCGUCCCGCUCGAUCCCGCCUAUUCUCGCGCGCGCGAAACCCAGAGAAAUCUCGCGCGCAGACUGGUCUGUACUUCUUCCCGCCCGGUCCAGAGUGGUGUUCAGCGCCAAAGCAAUCUCGCGCGCAAGCCGACCACCGCCGCCGCCGCUGCCGCGAGUACCUACUCGCGCUGGAGGAGGAGAGGCGCAAGAUCCAGGUGUUCCAGCGGGAGCUGCCGGUUUCUAUUCGCGCCGCCGUUUUCUGUUCCUUUCGUGCGGUGUCGGCUCCUUUCGUGCGGCGCCGUUUUCUGGAAGAGGAGCGGCGCAAGAUCCAGGUGAUAAGGGUGCGGUGCCGUCUCCUUUCGUGCGCCAGGGAAGAUCGGUCCGCCGUUUUCUGUUCCCUUCAAGACGCUGAGCAAGGUCGCGCCGGCUUCGCCCAGUUUGGGAAUCAGAGCACUGGUGUUGUGAUGCUGAUCUAGGGUAGUUUGAGAGACCAGAGCUGGUGCUUUGGAGACUGGAGAGGAUUAAUUGAAUUUCGAUAGAAAUUGUUCUUUCUUCUGGGUACUGGGAAGUGCAUGCAUGAUCGCUGACUGUGCAGUUGUGAUGGCUGAAGAUGGAGAUUUUUUGGAAAACAUUUUGCUGAAUAGUGCAGAGGGUUUUGUUGCUGGUAUAGAUGACAUUACCAUUCCAUCCACUCAAGGUUCUGAGAUUCAAGUUGACGAAGUACAGGCAAGCCGCAGUACCAAGGGAGGACCAAGGAGGACAAAAAAUUUUCAUUACAAGGAGGAUGAAGUUAUUUGCAAGGGAUGGUUGAGUGUUAGCAAGGAUCCAAUCAACGGGGCUAAUCAAUCGCGUACUACAUUUUGGGGGAAAGUUCAUGCAUACUAUGAAGAAAACAAUGAUAGUGCACUUCCUCGUACAGAGAGUUCCAUUAUGCAUCGUUGGUUGACAAUCCAGAUGCAAGUGAACAAAUUUUGUUCUCACUAUGAGGCCAUUCUUCGUAGGAACCAAAGUGGCACAACUAUCCAGGAUAAGCUUAAUGAAGCAAAAAAGAUGUAUGUGGACUUAGACAAGGACCACAAAACGUUUACUCUUGAACACUGCUGGGCCAUACUCAAGGGGGAGGACAAGUGGAGAGCCAAUAUGAUAGAACUAGCAGAGAUAGAAAAACUAGCAGCCAGCAAAAAGAACAAGAAGGCAGGAAAGGUGUCUAGGCCAAGGGAUGAAGGAGUCACUAAUAAUGAUCAAGUCAUACCUGUUGAUGAUGAAGAAACCCAACCAAGGAAAAGGUCAGAUGGGAUAAAGAAGGCUAAGGAAAAAAUGAGGCAAGGAGGUGGGCAGGCUUGCAUCGAAGCUUUCAACAUGAUGUGGGCCAAAAAGGAGGCUGCGGACAAGGAAAAGGAGAAGACCAAAGAGGAAAGGUUCAUGCAAACCCUUGAGAUAGAGAAGGCUACACUACACCUAGAGCAAAAAAGGGUAGAAAAUGAAGCCGAGCUGCAGAAAAAGAGGGUAGAAAAUGAAACAAAAUUAGCUGAUGCCACCUUGAUAAAAGAGGAAAAGGAUAUUAUGCUAGCAGACAUGACCUCCCUCAAUCCGACGCAACGUUCUUGGAUUGAAAUUAUGCAGAAGAAGAUACUCGCGAAGCAUCAAGAAAGUUGAGUUUAGUUUAAAAUGAUGCAGAAAAAAAGAUUUGUUGAAUUAUUUCUUCUGUACUCUGUUCAGCUUAUGUAUCAGUCUGUAGAACCUAUUAUCAAAGUUUAAGUUUGAGCACGACAUUUGUUUCAGUAUCACUAUAUGAACCAGUCCUGAAAUCUUCCUC